UGCUGCUGUUAACUCUCACCUGCCAGACACACACACACAUGUACGCCACCUCACCUGUAAUCAGUCUUACCAUAUAUACUGACAGAUAUUAGCCUACAGCCGGGGUGAUGACGGCGGCUGCGGCCUCACUGCUGUUGGUCCUGACUGUCUGCCUGACUGUCGCCCAGCUGCCUCGCCCUCAGGGUGCGGGAGAGACGCUGAGCGUGGCGGGGGCGGCUGUGGCGGCUGUGGCGGCCACAGUGUGGCGGCCUCGCUGCUCCGUCAUCCUCCUCACAGACGGCACCACCUCCUCCACCACUGUGUUCACGGAGCUGGGAGGGCUGGGAGCCCCCUGGGGGGUGACGGUGUUCCAGGUGGCAGCAGAAGGCAAAAGUCCAAACAUGACGGAGGCGCUGCUGUCCCGGCUGGUGGCCCAGGCUCGACGGGUGAGACAGGUGUCGUGGUGCGUGACGGUGGUGGUGGUGAGCGACGACUCAGCCUUCCUCGCCGCCUCGGCUGAGUGGAUCUUCAAGGGCCGCCUCCUGGUGUGGACCAACAGGCUCCUGGCCGUCACCCGCCGGCCUCUCUCUCACCUCCGCCACCUCCACACCUCCUUCUCCAUGAUGAACGCCAUGUUGCUCCUCCUGGACGACACCUCCGGUUACCCCAGGUGUGUGGUGUACGUGCACCUGCCCUACAGUCCUCAAGUAGUGGAGGUGGCUCAGUGGUCGCCCCGCCGUGGCCUCAUCCUUACCUCACACCACACACUCUUCCCUGAUAAGUUCGCCAGGCUGGUGUACGGGCCGGAGUUCGUUGUAGCAUCUGAGGAGUUCCCGCCGCAUGUAGUCAACAACAUGGCCCCGUCACCUCAACACCCUCACGUCUUCACGGGUCCUCUCGUUUACCUCCUCGACCUGUUGGCUCAAACUUGUAAUUUUACGUACACAUUCUCGCGGCCUUCUGACGGUGCGUGGGGAACUAAACUCCCAGACGGGUCCUGGACGGGUAUGGUGGGCAUGGUGGGUAGACAGGAGGCUGAUCUUGGUCUGGGUCCAUUUGGUGUAAGUGCUACCCGAGCCGAGAUGGUUGACUUCACGAGGUCAAUACUCAUCGACAACCUGAGGAUCAUGGGUGGGUUAGGGCAUCCAGAGGUAGACCCAUGGGGGUUCUUACUCCCUCUGGCGCCCCUGGUGUGGGUGUCCAUCCUGGUGACGCUGGCGGUGGUGCUGGUGGCCGUGUUUCUGCUGUCUCUCUGUUUUCUUCCUCAGCGUCAUAAUCGACUCGAAUGGUUCCUGGACAUUUUCUUCUCAUUCAUUCGAGUUUUGUUCCAGCAAGACGCCUGGGUGACUGGUGGGUGGUGGUGGGAGAGACUGGUGCUAGGGGCGUGGAUGUUGAUGGUGCUCGUCUUGAUACGGAGCUACGCGGGCACCCUCAUGUCUAUUCUGGCGGUGAGAUACAUCCCUCAGCCCUUCCAGUCACUCAGAGAACUCCUCGACGACCGCUCCACCACCAUGAUCUGGGAAGUCGGCACGGUCUAUAUGCAGUACCUUCAGGCUGUCAAGACUGGUAUAUUUAGUGAAGUAAUGGCGUCUGAGAAUGACGGCAGACUCAAGCUGGUGCUAACGACGGAGUACUUACACAUGGCGGAUACCCUAGUAACGGAGGGACGCCACGCCCUUGUUAUUGAAGACCUUACUGGGAAAGUCAUCAUGGCGGAUCAUUUUUCUCUCAUAGGUGAGUGUAACUUCUACCAGUCUCGGGAGGUGUUCUUGCCUGUGUUCCUUAGCAUGAUAGGACAGAAGAACCACCCUCUUGUUCCUGCCUUGAAUAACAGAAUAAAAUCGGUGACUGAAGCGGGACUUUACGGGUAUUGGAUGAAACAUCUGAGCAUCAACUCCACCAGAUGUAUAAGACCUCCUACCAAGAUUACCGUUAAUAAUUCCCUCUCCGUCGCUAACCUCUGGGGAAUGUUUGUGAUGCUAGCUGGUGGUCAUGUCCUAGCCCUGGUGGUGUUAGGAAUCGAGUUACUUUCUCUCUGAUUCCUUUCCACCUAGAGUUCUUCACCUUCCGUCUUUCUGCCUUGAUGAUCACCCUAUAACUGAGUCUUCAAGAGCUAACACAGCACUAGUAACCUGCAGUGGGUAGUGGAUAUACCUCACCCUUCUCUCUCUCUCGGUCAACAUUUCAUUAAUUUUUCCAUUUCCUCGUCUAAUAAAUUCCAAUAAAAUGAUAAUUGUUUACUUACUAUAAUAAAUCCUUCUAUGUUGAUCUAUUCCGGGUAAUGUUGGUUAUAUGAGCCAUGUGAGACGGUGGUUGAGUUAUGGCUUGUGUCUGUUGUCCCGUCCACCAUAUUGACGAGA